AGUGUCAUUAUCACCUUUUUAUUUUUUGUGCGAAAUCGAUACCAAAAUAAGUACCAUCGGACCGGGUUAAAUCCUAGAAUAUAACGUAAAUAUUACUUGAAAUGUUUGCGAGUUGGUAAAGUGAUGCAGCAUAUUGUGACCAAUGGUCGCGUGUGGUACGAAACGGCACGACGCCUGGUCCAUUACAGUUCGCAGUACCCGACGAAAGGACAUCUUCAAAUCGUCCGAUUGUACGUUAGUAAAGCACCAAUUAGUCAAAUCAGCACGUCGACUACCAAAGAAUCAAUCCGAACUAAUAAUGUCAAUGAGGAUAGAGCCCCGCAGUCUGUCCCACUUGCCCAGUUUACAGCUUCAACCUCAGUGGACACAAAAGAUAUAAUCGAAGAAAUUGGCAAAUCAGUCAAUUUUAAGAGCGAUGGAGGCGAGAGUAGUAGCAAACAGCCGGCCUUACAAGCGGUACCGUCCAGUUUCAGUCGAUUAAUUUACCACUAUCUGAUGCUGUCGAAAAUCCGGCUAACCUCUCUGGUGGUUAUGACAACGAUGGCUGGUUAUGCUAUGGCUCCGGCUCCAUUUGAAUUGUCCACGUUUCUGCUCUGUUCGCUUGGAACAACGCUCGUAUCAGGUGCGGCUAAUUCAAUAAACCAAGUAAUAGAGACAUCAUUUGAUGCACAAAUGGCGCGCACACGUAAUAGAGUGCUUGUCAAAGGUUAUCUGACGCGUCUUCACGCAGUUGGGUUCGCUCUAGGAGCCAGCACCGUUGGGGUCAGUAUGCUACAUUAUGGCGUAAACGAUUUGACAGCUGUUCUAGGUGCAGCAAAUUUGAUCCUUUACACGAGUAUCUACACUCCCAUGAAACGCUACAGUAUUCUAAACACAUGGGUUGGAUCAUUAGUUGGAGCGAUACCUCCUCUGAUGGGUUGGGCUGCUUGUACAGGAGAUAUAGGCACAGGAGCUUGGAUCCUUGCUGGGCUAUUGUACUGCUGGCAAUUUCCACAUUUCAACGCACUCUCAUGGAAUAUCCGACCGGAAUAUCUAAAAGCAGGUUACAAAAUGAUGGCCAAUUCCCAUCCACAGUUAUGUACGCGGGUUUCACUUCGGCACACUGGUUACAUCACGGCAUUGUCCCUGUUGGCUCCGGUAUUGGACGUUACUAACGUUUGGUUUGCCGUUGAAAGUUUACCAUUGAACGCGUACUUCAGUUAUCUUGCCUGGGACUUUCAUCAAAAAGCCGACAGUAAAAGUUCUCGGAAGCUGUUCCGAUUUUCUCUGCUACAUUUGCCGCUUUUGAUGGCACUGUUCCUACUUAAUAAGAAAUACUGGGCGAUCUCGCAGGAUAAAACCAAUGAAGAUUCUGUUGCGGCCAUGGUUGUGCUCGAUAAAGAUAAAAUUUCAAUGUUUAACAGAACGGAAAAUCCUUAUCUAGUACCGAACAUUGUAACUGAAGUCGGAAACCUGAGCUCCCCCCAUGGUAGCAUCAAAGCCAUCGAAGAUAAUUUGAUUUCCAAUGUCGCCGUUGUUCUGCCUACCGGAGCAUCGAGCAAGCAAAAACUGUAAGGCUAAUGAAGUUGAUGUUGUUCGCAGAAAACAGAUGUAAAUAAAAUGAUAAAGGUAUAAACAA